AUGGUCAGCACGAGUCCAGAAAAUCGACUUGCCAUUGAAGGGCAUGUCCUGGUGAGCGGUAGGGCGUUUGGCAAACUUGUCGCAAGCCAGCUAGAGUUGAGUUUCUGGGGCGGCGUCAAUCCCGAAACUGGCGAAAUUAUUGAUCGUCAUCAUGUUUUGAGCGGGAAAUAUAUUCAGGAUACUAUUCUCGCCAUUCCCAGUAGCCGUGGUUCAUGUUCUGGAAGUGGGGUGUUAUUAGAGCUACUUUUGAACAAUAAGGGACCUAAAGGUAUCAUAUUCCAACGGCGGGAGGAUAUCCUCUCUCUGGGUGUGAUAGUCGCCGAGGAAAUAUUUGGCAAAGCAAUACCUGUUCUAACGAUUGACGCUACUGAUUUCCAACAAAUCCAGCAGUGGGACGGCCGCUGUAUUUUCAUAGAUGGCUCAAACAUUUCAGAUCAUGCAAUAAAUAAAAAACCUGGUCAACAUCAGUCAAGAAACACCGAUAAUGAACGUAAAUUACCCUUAAGCAACGUCAAACUCUCCGAUCUUGAUAAAGCCUUUCUUGAAGGAGAACAUGGUGAAGCUUCCCGUGCAGCAAUAAGAAUUAUCCUGCGAAUGGCCAAAAUUCUGGGCGCUACCGAACUGAUGGAUGUCACUCAAGUUCACGUCGAUGGUUGUAUAUACACAGGACCAGGCUCUCUCAAAUUUGCAGAGAAACUUCGCGAUUUGGGAGGGAAAGUUCGUGUUCCAACAUCUUUGAACUCUAUCUCGAUUGAUCAGAAACGCUGGCGCAUUCAAGGGGUUGAUAGCGCAUUUGGAGAAGCGGCUGGAAGGCUUGCAUCUGCAUACACGGACAUGGGAGCUCGGCCCACUUUCACCUGUGCACCAUAUCAACUGGAAAGCGCUCCAAAAUUUGGAGAACAGGUUGCAUGGGCGGAGUCCAAUGCUGUCGUGUACGCAAACAGUGUACUGGGUGCGAGAACGAUGAAAUAUCCCGACUUUCUUGAUAUCGCAAUUGCUCUAACAGGUCGUGCACCCAAAGGAGGACCUCAUGUAGACCUCCAUAGACUGGCUUCGCUAAUAAUUCGAGUCCCCACCAUAAAAAACGUGGCCACCAUUGACGACUCUUUUUAUCCUCUUUUGGGUUACCAGAUCGGACAGUUGGCUUCUAGUUGCAUCCCAGCCGUCCUUGGCCUCGAAGCCCUUAACCCAUCCAAAGAUGACUUAAAAGCAUUUGGAGCAGCUUUCGCAACUGUGUCGAGCGCACCAAUGUUUCACAUAGUUGGUAUUACUCCAGAAGCCACGUCUCUCAAUGUCGUCAUUGGACCCAAAGAAUUAGUGCGCACCAUCGAUGUGGCACCAGAAGAAUUUCUUGAAUGUUGGGACCAACUUAACAGCUCCUCAAAGAAUCAGCAAAUCGAUUUGGUUUCUCUUGGAAAUCCUCAUUUCUCGUUAGCCGAGAUAAGGACGCUCGCGAGCCUGUGUCGAGGUCAGAUAAAGGAGAGUACUGUCAACGUCAUGGUAACAUGUAGCCGUUCAACUCAUGGCUUGGCCAGACAAGCUGGUUUCAUUGAAGAGCUGGAGGAAUUUGGGGUCAAGUUUAUGACAGAUACUUGCUGGUGUAUGAUUACCGAACCGAUGAUACCGCCAUCCACGAAGGCGAUCAUAACUAAUUCAGGCAAAUAUGCGCACUACGGCCCUGGCCUUACGGGGAGAGAUUUCUACUUUGGUAGUCUUGGAGCAUGUGUCGAAGCAGCGUGCCAUGGAAGGUACAGAGGAACCAAACCUCGGUGGCUACUUGAUGCUACCAAUUCUAGUUCCAUUACUAGCUCAAUAAAGACAGGCGCAUCUGGUUAG